AUGGCUGGGAUCGGAGGAACGGCCGGCGCCAUGGAUGGCUCGAAUGGCCCACAGGGGACGGAAUACACAUUACAGGGUGUAAUGCGCUUCCUACAGACAGAAUGGCACCGACAUGAGCGAGACCGCAAUGCAUGGGAGAUUGAACGGGCAGAGAUGAAAUCUCGUAUUGGUCGAUUGGAAGGUGAUCUGCGCACAAGCAAACGCUUACAUGAGUCCCUUGGGAAGCAUGUUCGGCUGAUGGAGACCGCCCUAAAGAGGGAGAGGGAGAAGGUCAAGAAGCUUUCGAACAACGAACGGUCCGAAGACUCUAUAGAUCCCAAAGAUACUGCACGUGAAAGUGUCAAAUUCCUCAAAGCGCAUCGCCCCAAGCCGAGCACGGACCAUGACAAUGAUGCAGAACCCGGCAAUGAAAACCAGCAUGAGGCUCAAAUUGAGGACAUUGACAAAGUCCGAACAUACCUGUCCAAAGCCUCCCACGAGAUUGCCUACCAUGUCAUACCCGCCUCCCACCCGCCACCUGACAUGAACGACUCUGACAUGUCAGGUCAGCUAUAUGGCAAUUCGCAGCUGUCGCAACAGAAUCUAGAGGAGGCUUAUCUUCAGCAGCAGCGGCAGAAGUCGAACCACGUCAUGGCACGUGAUAUGGUCUCGCAAAAACAACAACCGUUGUCAAAUCAAUUUACUGAAAAUACCAUGGCUCGUGUUCAAAACCAGUAUCUUUCUCGGGAAGGCAUGGAUAGACGGUCAAUAGACCCGCAGCAAGCCUCCGUCGCAGCGAUCGAAAAUCGAACCCAGUCAUAUGAACAGGGCAUGACGGAAGAUCGUCCAAACCAGGCAUACGAGACCCAGGGCCCCCGAGUGGUCGUCAAGGAAGAUGUGGCUCUGCAAAAUUUGGCCGAGGAAAGAACAGAGGAUGUGGAUGGGUGGAAUUUUGACGAACCGGCGGAGCAGGAACUCGUGAUCACCGAACCCAUCCCGCCUCAUCGCCCGGAUACCGAUGCUUUCCCCAAUGUCAACUUUGUGCACUCUGAGGCGACAAAGGGCGGGUCUCUCCCCCACCAUAGGACGAGUUUGGACUCAAGAUGCAAGAGUGAUGGUGCAAUUAAUCCCCGGGAAACGGGACAACAGCAAGAUUCGAACUUUCAAGUUCGGUUUGAGCUGCGUGGCCACUUGGAUGUGAUCCGAUCUGUCAUCUUUACUAGUGGUAGCGCGGAGAAUCCUGAGAUCUGCACUUGCAGCGACGAUGGAACGAUCAAGCGGUGGAUCAUCCCAGCUACUUCUGUUGGCUCUAGUGCUGGUUCUAGUCGUGGCUCGGACAUUACAAGCUCCUUUACUCAUCGCGGACACGAAGGCGCCGUGACUUCCCUUGCCGCUUGCUCGCCAUCUCAGAACAUCUCCAAUGGCGGCCGUGCUUUGGGUAAUGGGUUGGUGUUUUCAGGCGGUCAAGAUGGUACCGUGCGUUUAUGGGAACCUAAGCGGAUUGAUCCCAAGGCCACCUUCCACGAGCAUAAAGAUGCAGUCUGGGGACUCUGCGUUCUUCCCGGGACCAUGGGCUCUGUCUUUGGCGACUCAAGCAGCCAACAUGGUGGAUCAGAUCGCAUCCUUCUGGCCUCCGGCGCAGCAGAUGGCUACGUCUUUAUUUGGGCCAUCGGUGCCGCAUCCCCGACUGGAAAUCGCCGUCAAGGUACUCGCCAGCGGGCGAACUCAAAUUCAAUGCCGUCAGGUCCUAACAUCCCAACCUUGCCUCAACCCAGUGUCGCUACAACCCCAGCUUUCCAUUAUACCAUUGUUCAUCGCAUCCCCCGCCCAAAUUCCCCUUCCCCAACAUGUAUUAGCCCCUUGUCUCUUGCGGGCGUCAAUUUUGUCGUCUCCUACUCGGAUGCCUCUAUCAUUGUCUACGACACGCGGACCGGCGAGGAAAUUGCGAGUAUGGCCAGCCUCGAGACAUAUGAUGGCACGCCAGCUACUGGGGUGAAUUCAGUCGUCGCCACAACUGUCGGCUUUGAUGGAACAGUUAAUCUUGAUCCCAACCGCGCGAUGGCCGAAGAGGAAGAAGUGGUUCACGGAGCUACUGGAUCAAGCAGCGUAGAGGGUGUAAUAAUCAGUGGUUACGAGGACCGAUACAUCCGCUUCUUUGAUGCAAAUAGUGGUCAAUGUACAUACACAAUGCUUGCUCAUCCUGCUGCCAUAGCCUCACUGUCAUUAUCUCCGGAUGGACGUGAGCUCGUUUCUGCUGGCCACGAUGCAAGCUUGCGAUUCUGGAACCUUGAGAAGCGCAGCUGUACCCAGGAGGUGACGCACUUCCGUCUGAUGCGUGGCGAAGGGGUCUGUGCUGUGGUAUGGAGCCGUGAUGGCAACUGGGUCGCUGGCGGUGGCGGGGACGGAGUGGUCAAGGUCUGCUCUCGAUGA